AUCCCUGAUCAUAUCGCGACUUUUCGUAAAAGAGUGUUACAUUGUUCGCCAUUUUAAAUCGUCUAACAUUAGUCAAGAAAGUGAGUUUUAUGCGGAUUUUCACUAUUCCAGCUAAGAUGGAAUAAAUUUUGUCCUCAGGAUUUCGUGUGAAUUUACGAUUAAGUGGAUAGCUGUACAGUGUAGAGCAUUAAGUGAAUUUUGCAGUUACAGGUACCCUUAAUAUGCUAAUAUAGAUUAGAAAAGCGAUUUGCAUCACUAUCGAAGAGGAAGACAAUAUCCAGAACGUAGUGUAGAAUAAAACCUUGUAAUCACUAAAUAUCAGUGAUGAUGAAAAAACUUGUUUGACUUAUCAGUAGAACAGUUGAAUUUUGCAAAGUGAAAAUUGUGUUACAUGGUGCCAUUUGUGUAAGCUUUCAAAAUGGUUGAGAAACUUUUUUGUUUGAUAAAGUAUAAUAUCUUUUACUAAAUAAGUGGUCAAAGUAAACAAUAAUAUUGGAGUUCAAACACAAAUAUGUAUCAAAGGCCGUUAUAGACGGAACAAAUUUUGCUUUAUGUGAUUAAUUAUAAGCUGCGAUUCUGUAAAAGAGAAAUAUUUUACACUGGAACAUUGAUACGGAAGUUUUGAGAAAAACGAACACCGCGGUCAAAUUGACAAGUCAGUUGUAAUUCAUCAUUAAAAGUGGAUUCCAAAAGUAACCUGGGUCUUACCCAGGACUUUGAAAGGAUGGUGGGACUGUCUGGCGGUGCCCAUCUAUACGCAGCUGGGUUACCUCCUGCUCAGGAAAUUGUUCGAGAUAUGUCAUCAAUACCUAGCGCUGCACCAACCAGUGCUGAUGCUUGUCUCAGUAUUGUACACUCCUUGAUGUGUCAUCGACAAGGCGGAGAAAGUGAAGGAUUUGCCAAGAGGGCCAUCGAAUCACUGGUGAAAAAGUUGAAGGAAAAGCGAGAUGAGCUGGACUCACUGAUCACUGCCAUUACAACGAAUGGAGCUCAUCCGAGUAAGUGCGUAACAAUUCAACGGACUUUGGACGGACGUUUACAGGUUGCUGGGCGCAAAGGAUUCCCUCAUGUAAUUUACGCUCGUAUUUGGCGUUGGCCAGAUUUACACAAAAACGAACUUAAGCAUGUGAAAUAUUGUCAGUUUGCUUUCGAUCUCAAGUGCGAUUCUGUCUGCGUUAACCCGUAUCACUACGAACGGGUAGUUUCUCCUGGAAUAGAUCUUUCGGGAUUAACGUUACAGGCUGGUCCAAAUCGCCUUAUAAAAGACGAAUACACUCCUGGAUCCGUCAGUUCAGGAUCGAUGGAUAUUGAUGGAAAUGAGAUCGGAACUAUUCAACACCAUCCGUCAAUGGUACCAGGGUCUGGAUAUGCAAUGGGGCUUCAUCAAGCAGUUCCAGAUCAAUCCCAAAUAGGUGGUAUGUUUCCUCCACCGCCAGGAAGUGGCCCUCGGUCGAUACCGAAACUUGAGCCAUCCGAGCAAUCUCGAAACAGCAAUGGAAGCUGGAUAAGCAGCCAAAGCUCAUCCUCUUCAGCGGCUGCCAGUUCUUCUCCACUCAAUAGGCUCUCAUCGUCUCUGCCACACUCAUCCGUUCUAGGAAACCCGGUGAACCUGCCUAGUAGCGGUAGCUUGCGUGCGCCGCAAGCUCCCCAAUCUCAAGGGCCUCAAGGUCCAGUUCAAUCAAAUUCUCAAAUGACAAACGGGGGAAGUGGACUAAUCGGAAGCUCAUCGCAACCUAACUUAAUAAAUACUGAAGGGCAAACGCAGUACUACAACAGUACAGUAGAUGCUCCUCUUACCUGUGAUUCUCAACUCGGACAGAACCUCGGUGUGCAAGGCUCGAUUUCUACAGCAUCACCAGUAUCACCUCAUUUGCAGCAAAAUGGUUAUGUUCCAGCGUCUGGCAGUCAACAGCAACAACAACAAUCACAACAGCCACAUCAGUCGUCUGUCCAAGGACAAUAUGGACAACACCAGACCGGUUCAGUUACAUGGUCUGGAUCAAAUACAUUAACAUAUACGCAAUCCAUUCAACCUCCUGCACCGGAUCCACGUUCUCACGCCGGCCACUCGCAAUAUUGGCAACACAAUAGUGGGGCAGGCAAUAGUAGUUCUAGCUCUGGUCAAAUACAGGAUGUUCCUGGCCAACCCCGGCUUCUCUCAAGACAGCCAGCUCCAGAAUAUUGGUGUUCGGUUGCAUACUUCGAACUUGAUACUCAAGUGGGAGAAAUGUUCAAAGUACCCUCAAAUAGACCUAAUGUCACUGUUGACGGAUAUGUUGAUCCAUCUGGUGGCAAUCGAUUUUGUUUAGGUGCUUUGAGUAAUGUGCAUCGAACCGAGCAAAGCGAGAAAGCAAGAUUACACAUUGGCAAAGGGGUGCAGCUGGAUCUGCGCGGAGAAGGAGAUGUCUGGUUACGGUGCUUAAGUGAUCACUCAGUAUUCGUGCAAAGUUACUACCUAGAUCGCGAAGCUGGUCGAACACCCGGAGAUGCAGUUCAUAAAAUUUAUCCGGCUGCAUGCAUAAAAGUUUUUGAUCUCCGUCAGUGUCAUUUGCAAAUGCAAUCGCUGGCAACAAGUGCUCAAAAAGCGGCACAAAUGCAAGCGGCAGCAGUAGCCGGUGUUUCGGGUUUAGCAGUUGGUGCACCCCGAAAUCUGUCAGCUGCAGCUGGAAUCGGAGUUGAUGAUUUACGACGACUCUGUAUAUUGCGAUUAUCAUUCGUAAAAGGUUGGGGACCUGACUAUCCACGUCAAUCUAUCAAAGAAACACCAUGCUGGGUAGAAGUGCACCUACAUCGAGCGCUCCAACUACUAGAUGAAGUACUGCACCAGAUGCCAAUUGAUGGGCCACGUGCGGUUGAAUAAGCGAGUGUAGCGCAACACAACGUUGAAGGCAUGAUUUUUUAUGCUAAACUGUAUUAUAAUUUACCACACGUGUUAUUUAUAACGCGUAUGCAAGAUUCAAGUCAACAUUUUUUGUCUCGGUUGUAGUAGUAUACCUAGAGCUUGAGUGUAAUGCAAAUUAUGAUGCAUUUGGCGGCAGUUUAAAGUUCAAACAAGAUACAUUGCAGUACAGAAUUGCUAAAUUUUUGGGUUACUCCUUAACUGUUUCUCAAAAUAUGGAUAAAAUGUGAUUCGUCAGUCGGUAAAACAUAUAUAAAAACGGAUACUUGUGAAAUACCUACGUUAUUAGUAAUAAUGUUCAUUAUGAAGCCAAUUAUUGUGCUUCUAAUUGAAGCAUACAGCGGAGUAGAUGGCAAAACGAGUUGAGACGGAUUACAACCAACAAAGCUCUACCUCUGACAUUGAAAUUAAAUUAAAAAUACGUUCAUUUUGAAGAGUUUGAAGCUACACCUAUUACUCAAAUCGUUAAUCUCGUUAUAAUUUUUUGUUUUAUUUAGUUCUGUUUUCUAUGGAAUGUUACACUUCUGUCAUUAGUUACUUUUAGAACGUGUUUAAACGAUAAUCAACAAAGAAACCUACUUUUUUAAAAAACCAAACGAAUUUUUAAUACAUGUUCGGCAUAUUUGGUUAAACUGCACCUUCCAGCAAAUUAAUCACAAAUUGUACUAAAUUCGUUCAAAUACCGCCAGUUUCCGCUGCCACUUAAUAAGUACGGCCAAUCUAGUGGUUCUUUCCUUCCGGUAUGCCUUUUGUGCCACAUUAGUUGUGGCAUUCUACGUCCUCUUUAAUUGUAAUGCACGACACUAUUCUAUGAGGCAACGAUGCAAUCUCUGGUACAUAGAAGAAAAAUGAAAUUUGUAACGGCCUAAUUAUCCUUACAUCAUGACAAUUCAACUAACAUUCAACAGUUCAGUGUGACUACAAUCGUGUGAUGCUGUUUGCAAUGGAGCAUUCAUACAAUGAACAUUUUGUAUCAUAUAGGGUAUCGAACGUCUUCGUCAGUGGUUUUCUGGCCCCCUUUUGCAUAAGAUUGCUGCAGAAAAACUGACGAAGACGUUCGAUUAGAAAAACAGUCGCGGUAAACUUCGUUAAUAUUGAAACCAAUUGGGAUAUAUGAAAACAUUUGCUUCAGCCUGCUUGCAGUCAAAACAAAAAACAACAUCAACAAACGCAAAAUCGGCAACAUAAUUUCAGCCGGCCCUCACUUGGGCGAUGCAGAGAUUCUCAAACGAUUCCAGAUUUAUCAUAGUUUUGCAUCAUAGUUUUAAUUUUGAUGAUGAAGAUGCCCUGCUGAAUUUCAACCAGCUUCUAUUAUAAUUAUUGCCAUCACUAAAACUGCUAGUUAUGCCCUUAUUCUCGAAAGUUUCCAAAAUAUUUUGGCUCCGAAUUCUUCAAAUUCUUGCUACUAUUUUUAGAUACUUAUUUUCCACUCGUCCUUUGCGUUUAAGACAUGUUUUUGACCUGAUGAAAACAUAUUAUGGCUGCUCAAUGUAUUACCGAAUCAUAUUUGCAACUAAAUAAUUUUCAACAGCAUGAUGACGCAUGUGUUUGAAUCAUAUUGUUUACUUUGUUGCGUCAUCACAGCAUGAAUUCACAAAAGAGUGUAUAAAAUAUACUAAGGUUAAAAAAUCAUGACUGAAUAAUUUCCCGCUUAAGUCGCCAGUAAUUAUGUAGGCGGUUUCAAUUUUAAGAGUUCGAUAUACAAACUUUGUACGAAUUGUUAUUGAUCAUCAGAAGGUCUGUUGAUUUCAUGAAUCUUAACAAGAUGCAUCAAAAUAAGGCAAAUAGUUCACAAGUGCAAUGACAGACGCAAAUAAUAAAAAAUUUGCAAGUUAAGGAAAUUUUGGCGAUUAAAAUUUGUUGCACAUAUAGAUUAUGCGUUGAUAGAUAUAAGGCAAAGUUAUUUUGUUAUUUUCUGUAGUGUGUGAACUUAUAUUAUAAAUGAGUCGACAAAACUUACGAGUAACGUCGCUUAGGCGUCCUACACAAAUUACGUAACGCUAAAAACCUAGAUUUCAGACCCCCCCCCCUAUGUAACGAUAAGUAACGUUAGAUAUGAUUCCCCCCCUAAAAUUACGUGACGCUGGACAACCUGUCCCCCCCUCCAAAUUUGCAAUUUUGAGCAAAUAUCACAGUUACGUAACGAGCUCAACUAUCCCCCCUCCCCCCUAUGUAACAAUAAGUAACGCAGACUCAACCCCCCUUCCCCUUCAUGCGUUACGUAAUUUGUGAACGACGCCUCAGAAGUAUAGCAACACAGUUUAUACACUACCAAGAUUCCCUCAAUUUCUGUCUAACAGGAGCAGAUGGUAGGUCAUAUAACUACAAACCUAAUUAAAAAAAACUCAACGCUGUAACUGUAACUUCGAAAAUGCAAAACCGGUCGAGUGAAAAAUAUCUUCUGCAUUCAAAAACUACUGGCAUAAUAUGGCGAACAUUUUUUAUUACAUGAAAUCAUGGAACAGUUUUUUGUAUUCUAAAACUGUUAUAUUACAAAAAAAGUGAUAGAUUUGAAAUUACGAAACAUUUUGUUGUAUGCAUGCAUCGCUUUAACCUGUUGUUUAUGUUUAAUUAAAAUGAGAAUAAAGAAACCUGUUUAUGGAAAAGUGUUUCUAUUUUGAUUUUGUUUACACAUAAUAAUUUUCAUCGUAAUGAAAAAAAGUCUCUACCAUUUAUUGACUUAGGUUUUAUAGAAGAGCAGAUAAAAUAAAAUUAUAGUAGAACUAAAUAUGACAUAUAAGUUGCACAAAAGUUUGUAUAUGACCUUAAAAGCUAAUUUAACAAAAAUAUAACACAUUUAUUUUAAGAGGAAAAAAUCAAUCUAGAUUAUGUUAUGUCUAACUGCAUACAUUUAAGCAUGCAUGUAUGAGUGAUGAGUGAGCUGUGAGAUCGAAAAAAUAUGGAAUAGAAAUAAAUAUUACACCUAUAUGAUA